AGCGCUGGAAAUGGGAAAGCCGGAUCGCUCUUGCGCCUGGGCUCCCCUUGCUUUAUUUCCUCCUUGAGCGCCUGCGUCUUGGUCUUCGCUACUUGGCUCCUCGCACCUUCGAUCUUCCUUCCGCAUUGCAUGAUGGAGGGGCAACAUAUAAUGGCCCAGGUGCAUAUCCAGACCCCAAUGUCGUCUUCCUCGUCGUCGUCUUCAGUGGCUGGGGAAGAAUCCAGGAGGCUGCCCAAUCCAGUCCGCGUGGCAGCCCGGGAAAGGAUGGCCGGAGGCCGCUUGUUGGACAGUCAUAGCUUGGAUGGGAUAAGCCAGGUCUAUGGAGCGUCCAAGGCCCAGGAAGGAAGGAGGGCCACUAUAUCCAGCGCCUUGGAGCUGGAAGGGACAGUGAGCCAUGAUGGGGACCUGACCCACUUUGUGGCCAACAACCUGCAGAUGAAAAUCAAAAUGAGCUCCCGGGGCAGUCUGGAUGAAACGGAACCCACCACCUCCUCCUCCGUGUCAUCACAACUGUCUGUUAGGGGCAAAACGGCCGAUAUACCUCCCAUUGACCCACAGGUAAUUCGGGAUCUGGAAAAGCUCACUAGGGAUGUGGCGCAAAAGGUGGACGGGAUGCUGAGAGUCUUGAACAGCGCUAUCCAGAACAUGACCGCACUCAGCGUGGGAUACAUCCAGACAUACCGGGAUGCUGUGGACAGCUUGGGUGAAUCGGUGGACAUGAGCAUCAAAGGGAUGUACACUCUGAUGGCCAGGUGCGAGGAGCUGGACCGCUCCAUGCAGCCCGUCCACACCCUUGCUAAGCAGAUCCGGGAGAUUAAGAGGACCCUUGAGAUCUUUGAGGCACUUUGCAAGUAGUGCCUCUCUCAGAGGAACAGACUUGUUUCGUGGUGGGAAGCGAUGCCGGGGCAGACACUUGAGCUACUGUGAUUCAGACUCCAAAAAAGGGAAAUGAUGUGUGUGUGUUUUCUUGCACUAUAUUAUAGUGACUAUAAUAAAUGAAUUAUGGCAGUGUUUCUCAAACUUUAUGAAA